AUGAUCUCGCGAUCACCUUCCGCCAUUUUGGUCCUCGUGCUGUUCGCCGCGGCUGCCAACCACGUCUCCUCGGAAUACAUUAAUCUUGCGGAUGUACCAUGCGGGCGAGGAGCAAUUGGCACACGCGCGGCGAGACUCGUCGGAGGACAAAACGCGAUACCGCACGAAUUUCCUUGGAUGGUUAGCAUCAGCAGAAAAGGAGGACACUUCUGCGGCGGUACCAUUCUUAACUCAAAAUUCAUACUGACUGCGGCCCAUUGUUUGUGCACGUAAGUAUACCCCACGCUGGCGACAUCCGUGAUCCCCACUGGUCAACUGAGGGUCAGUCUAGGGGAAUACAAUUUGAGGGGACCGGAAGUCCCUCCGUCAAGGGAAGAGAGAGUGGCGAACGUUAUUCUGCAUCCAGGCCACAAAUGCGGAAAAUUCGUGGACGAUAUUGCCCUUCUGGAACUUGCCCGGCCAAUCCCUUGGUCGGAAAGCGUGAAACCCGCUUGUUUACCUGUGGCCACAGGGAAACCGGGAUACAGUGCCUUCGGCGGGGAACUAGCUAAGGCUGCCGGUUGGGGUUGGCUCGGCGAAGACAGGUCCAAAAACAAACGAGCAGAUGUCCUGCAGAAAGUGGACCUUCGCGUGAUCGAGAAUAGCGUUUGUCGCGAAUGGUACGCCAGCCAGGGCAAGUCGACUCGCGUGGAGCCCAGGCAAAUGUGCGCCGGCCACGAAGAAGGCGGCAGAGACUCUUGCUGGGCGGACAGUGGCGGUCCUUUAAUGAUUGGAGGUCAUUCUGGCGAUAGCAUGAUGGUCGUGGGUGUAGUCUCGUCGGGGAUAGGAUGCGCCCGACCACGACUUCCUGGUGUAUAUACGCGAGUCUCGGAUUAUAUACCCUGGAUCACGCAAUAUGCACUUUCGGUACGAUGA